ACGCAUGCGCCGGUAGGGAGCGCAAUCACAGACAGAGCUUGCGGCCGCCGGCUUAAAAAAGGAAACCCCCGACUGCGAGAGCGCGGAGGAAAUCUGGCGGCCAGCGCGUGCGCGCUCCCGUGAAAGAAGAGCACAAGAAAUAAACUAUUACUGUCAUCGUUGAUUGGACUAUUAUGCUGAUCCCCCAAGUCAAGGAAAAAAAGCUGCUGAAACUCAGAAGCUGAUUCUGUCUCAAUAUAAGAUGCCUUUGGGAAAUUCUGCAUUCCUCUUAGAUGGAUCUUUAGAACUUGGUCGAGAUAUAGAUCAUUUUCAUCAAUCCAGGAGCCAACUUCAGGCCCCCUGACAGUCAUCACACACUCCCACAGAAUUUUGAGACUGAUGGUCAACCAUAUAGAAGAAUACAUUGAACCUGUAGUUUUCUGAAGAAUCAGUUCAAAAGAUCCCCAAAAUACAAAAGGAGAAGUACAAAUGUCUACCACGAGACGAAAACGUAAUAUGUUAUGUUGUUUACCGUAAGCUGCAGUAAAAUGAGCUCGAUUGUUGACAGAGAUGAUGGUAGUCUUUUUGAUGGAUUGGUGGAAGAAGAUGACAAGGACAAAGCAAAAAGAGUAUCUAGAAACAAAUCUGAAAAGAAACGCAGAGAUCAAUUUAAUGUUCUCAUCAAAGAAUUGGGAUCCAUGCUUCCUGGUAAUGCUAGAAAGAUGGACAAAUCUACUGUUCUGCAGAAGAGCAUUGAUUUUUUACGAAAACAUAAAGAAAUCACUGCACAGUCAGAUGCUAGUGAAAUUCGACAGGACUGGAAACCUACAUUCCUUAGUAAUGAAGAGUUUACACAAUUAAUGUUAGAGGCUCUUGAUGGUUUUUUUUUAGCAAUCAUGACAGAUGGAAGCAUAAUAUAUGUGUCUGAGAGUGUAACUUCAUUACUUGAACAUUUACCAUCUGAUCUUGUGGAUCAAAGUAUAUUUAAUUUUAUCCCAGAGGGCGAACAUUCAGAGGUUUAUAAAAUACUCUCUACUCAUCUGCUGGAAAGUGACUCAUUAACCCCAGAAUAUUUAAAAUCAAAAAAUCAGUUGGAAUUCUGUUGUCAUAUGCUUCGAGGAACAAUAGACCCAAAGGAGCCAUCUACCUAUGAAUAUGUGAAAUUUAUAGGAAAUUUCAAAUCUUUAAACAAUGUAUCUACUUCAGCACACAAUGGUUUUGAAGGAACUAUACAACGCACACACAGGCCUUCUUAUGAAGAUAGAGUUUGUUUUGUAGCUACUGUCAGAUUAGCUACACCUCAGUUCAUCAAGGAAAUGUGCACUGUUGAAGAACCCAAUGAAGAGUUUACAUCUAGACAUAGUUUAGAAUGGAAAUUUCUAUUUCUCGAUCACAGGGCACCACCCAUAAUAGGAUAUUUGCCAUUUGAAGUUCUGGGAACAUCAGGCUAUGAUUACUAUCAUGUGGAUGACCUAGAAAAUUUGGCAAAAUGUCAUGAGCACUUGAUGCAAUAUGGGAAAGGCAAGUCUUGUUAUUACAGGUUCCUGACCAAAGGACAACAGUGGAUUUGGCUUCAAACUCAUUAUUAUAUCACUUAUCAUCAGUGGAAUUCAAGGCCAGAGUUUAUUGUUUGUACUCACACUGUAGUAAGUUAUGCAGAAGUUAGGGCUGAAAGACGACGAGAACUUGGCAUUGAAGAGUCUCUUCCUGAAACAGCUGCUGACAAAAGCCAAGAUUCUGGGUCUGAUAAUCGUAUAAACACAGUCAGUCUCAAGGAAGCAUUAGAAAGGUUCGAUCACAGCCCUACCCCUUCUGCUUCCUCCCGGAGUUCAAGAAAAUCAUCUCACACCGCAAUCUCAGACCCUUCCUCAACACCGACAAAGAUGCCAACAGAUACCAGCACUCCUCCCAGACAGCAUUUACCGGCUCAUGACAGGCUGGCACAAAGGAGGUCCUCCUUUAGUAGUCAGUCAAUAAAUUCCCAGUCUAUUGGUCAGUCAUUAACACAGCCAGUGAUGUCUCAAGCCACAAAUUUACCAGUUCCACAAGGCAUGUCCCAGUUUCAGUUUUCAGCACAAUUGGGAGCCAUGCAGCAUCUGAAAGACCAAUUGGAGCAACGGACACGAAUGAUAGAGGCAAAUAUUCAUCGGCAACAAGAAGAACUAAGGAAAAUUCAAGAACAGCUUCAGAUGGUCCAUGGUCAAGGGCUGCAGAUGUUUUUACAACAAUCAAACCCUGGGUUGAAUUUUGGUUCUGUUCAACUUUCUUCUGGAAAUUCAUCUAACAUCCAGCAACUUACACCUAUAAAUAUGCAAAACCAGGUUGUUCAAACUAACCAAAUUCAAAGUGGAAUGAAUACUGGACACAUGGGCGCAACUCAGCACAUGAUACCCCAGCAGACUAUACAGAGCACAUCAAGUCAGCAGAGUCAACAGAAUGUACUGAGUGGGCACAGUCAACAAACAUCUCUUCCUAGUCAGACACAGAGCACUCUUACAGCACCGCUGUAUAACACUAUGGUGAUUUCACAGCCGGCGGCCGGAAGCAUGGUCCAGAUCCCGUCGAGUAUGCCACAAAACAGCACCCAGGGUGCUGCCGUAACUACGUUCACUCAGGACAGACAGAUAAGAUUUUCUCAAGGUCAGCAACUUGUGACCAAAUUAGUAACUGCACCUGUAGCUUGUGGGGCAGUAAUGGUACCUAGCACUAUGCUUAUGGGUCAGGUGGUGACUGCCUACCCAACUUUUGCUGCACAACAGCAGCAGUCACAGACACUGUCAGUCACGCAGCAGCAGCAGCAGCAGCAGCAGCAGCAGCAGCAGAGUUCCCAGGAACAGCAGCUUACAUCAGUUCAGCAACCAUCUCAGGCUCAGCUGUCCCAACCACCACAGCAAUUCUUACAGACUUCUAGGUUGCUCCACGGGAACCCUUCGACUCAGCUUAUCCUUUCUGCUGCAUUUCCACUACAACAGAGCACUUUUCCUCAAUCACAUCACCAGCAACACCAGCCUCAGCAGCAACAACAGCAACUGAGUCGGCACAGGACUGACGCUUUGACCGAUCCUUCCAAGAUUCAACCACAGUAGCACACGUCUCCUCUCUGACCUCAAGGGAGGAAUGGAUUGGCCCCUAAUGAGUUGCUCAGAUGUUCUGAGGAUUAGGAGUUUCAUGAGAUGCGGUAUUGAGUGUUCUAAUUCCUGGAAUUAGUUAGCAGGGAAAAUGCUACUUAGUGGUACAGAUGUACAUUAAAUACCAGCCAUCAGGAAAUGAUCUUAGGGCCAUAGCCAAUUCCGACAGUGUUUUCAUUGCCCAGAUAUUUUUUGAUGGAAAGAGUAUAUUGCCAAAUGUUGAGAAGCUCAGCUAUGAAAUAUGACCUCUAGUGAAUCAGAAAGGCACUAACAAUGUUAGUAACUUUGAGUGGUUCUGUGCCUGUUUUCAGGGGUUUGCUUACAAUGAUGCCAUGAAGACAGUCCAGUAGACCCAGUAGGCCCUCUUCCCCAAACCCUCUCCCUUUUCAGACAAUGAUGAAAUCAUAGUUUCACAAUGUUGUGUGGGUUCAUAUUCUCUAUGUACAGAUGCUGUAAAAAUAUUAUGUAUAUGUCUGGAUACAAGGAAAGAAAGCAAAACAUUUUGUAUGCUGCAUGAAAGCAUUAUCUUCUCCUUAAAGGUAUGAGUACAUUUCCUUAGAUUCUAAUGCCAUGUGCAGACUAAUACAUCCUUUAUUUUCCCUUUUGUUUACAACACGAUAGUGUUCCAUUCACUUUUCCGGGGCACAAGUCUUUUGUUCAUACUUGGCUGUGAUGUCACAGUUUGUUCAGAGAGGUAUGAUGUGCUGCUGGGAAUGGAUUUUUUUUUCAGGUUAAAUGAUUGAAAUAACAGGCUUUUCAAGUUACUCAGAAGUAUCCCUCAUUUCAUUGUUUUUCAAUAAUGUUUGAAGAUAGGAUUUGCACUGCUUUAUUUUAGAAGGUUGGGAGUUUUGAUCUUAUAUUUUGAUAUAGUUCAUAGUUGGAAUAGUUGUAUAAAUGGCUUUCAACACCUGAAAGUAAUUUCAUGAAUGUUUCAGUUACAGGAGUAAAAUUUGCACACAAAACAUUUUAGGCACUUUUUAACAUUCUCACUGGUGGGAAUUUUAACUUUUAGGAUUUGUUGGAAUCUUUUUAUUAUCCUUCACAAUUUCAAUGGUUCUUUUAGUCAGAAAUGAUUCAGGGUUAUUUGAGGGGGAAAAAACCCAUAGUGCCUUGAUUUUGAUUCAGGUGAUAACUCACCACGUUGAACUCAUUGUCCAGUUUCAGUGGCAGUUUUGAAACCUUAGUACAUUUUUAAUAGCAUGUGGGUGUCAGUGCCAUUAUUCUCCUGAGUCCUUAUGAAGACUGCUUCGAGUCUCUUGGACUGGAGGUACAAAUAAUUUAGAAAUAAAAGAUGACAUCUUAACACCUUUAGAGUCAUUACUGUGAUCUUAAAUUGUUUUUCUCAGCAUUUUUUUGAAGCUAAGUAGUCAUUGCAGAAUUAUCAGUAAAUAUUUGCUCAGUAUGAUUUCUACAAAGAAAAAAGUGUAGGAAUUUGCUUUGCCUUCAUACAACACUAGAGUAAUGUAACUCACAUGCUUUCUAAACAUGAACUAAGAUUUCAUUUGGCAAUUUCAUAUUCCAAAGGUAAUAAAUUCCAACAGAAAUUAUAUUCGUAAAAAGCAUUUUAUAUAUUCUAUGGUACUAAUAAUUAAAUUUACAACUAUAGAGCAAGGGAAAAUUAAUGGAAAAUAUCUUGCUAGAAUAUUAAAAAUUAUUACUGAGGAUAGGGAAAACAGCAAGCUGUAAUACAUCAAAACUGAAUUUAGAAAAAAAUGCAUAACAGAAUCCAGGCUGUUAAACAGGAAAGGCUUUGAGCAGUGAAGGUAACCUAAUACAGACUUGUUGGAUGAAGGAGUCGGAGGAACUCUGCGCCCAUUCCUAACGCUUUUCUGUCCUCAGCUUUGCUGUUAUCCAUAAGGGAUCCGUUGUCUUUCUGUAGAAAACCAUUCCUGGCCACACUUAAAUUAGAAGAUGUUGCAAAUGAAAACAACCAAAGAAAGUUGGUACCUACCCUUCUGUUAAGAGAAGUGUCACUAGAUACCAAUCAGUAAUCAACAUAUCAAGAGCUCCUCUUCUAGCUAAAUGGUCAUCCAGAAGAGAUUUCUGACUUUCUCAUGAAUGUCAAGGAUAGUUGUCAAGCGUAUGUGUGUGCUUGAGCAUACAUACACACAGACAAAAUUGAUGUUGUAAAAUAGGGCAACAGUAUUAAUUCCCUUCCCUUUCAAAUUGCCUUUGUUAAAUAACCAUGUUAUGCCAUUCCAUAUAUAUCUGAGUUGUGCCUCAUUCAUUCAUGGGUGAUAUCUAGUGAUAGGGAUUUAUCUAAUGAAAGAGAUGAAGAACUAUUAAGGUUUAUCUUCCAAGUACCAUGCUUAAAAGAAAGAUGGUGGACCGUGAGUACUGUGUACUUAGAUUUAAAAAAGCCAAGCCUAAGACAAAUUAGGCAAAAUCUUGCAUUUAUAAUAGGCAAAAUCUUGCAUUUAUAAUUUCUGUUGUUCCUCGCAGUUUUUUUCUGCUUAGAAUUGGCUGCUUAAAUUUAAAGGAACAGCUACCUGCUUCUCCUUUGUCGUCAGUAGGCAUAUGUUGUGUUGGAAAAGCUGCUAAGCACCACGGCCUCUUAGCUCCUCGUUUAACUGAUUUCCUCUGCUUCUCUUGAACUUAGAUUGCAAAGUUGCCCCUGCCCCCUUGACUGUUCUGAUGAAUAGUCAGCAGUUGCCUGAUCUUCAUUCAUUUCUGUAGCCAAAGUUGUUAACUGAAAUCCUAAAUCUAAGUUGUGAAAAAACACAAAGUAGGAAACACCUUUAAGCUACUUAAAAACCAUUUUUCUUCUGCUUUACUCUCAUGGUCAUUUUUUCUUCAAAAUAAGACAUUUUAUUCUAGGUGGCACUUUUUGGGUAAGAAACUGUAGAAGAUCAGGCCAAAUGUUAGCUGUUGUGCAGUGGUUAUCUGCUUUGGACUGCCUCGGCACUGAGUGAGUCAGUAAGUAUUGUUUUAACAACUACAAGUGAAGUAGAGAAGGACCAAUGGAAUUGCUGCUGAGAGUGGUGUCAAACCUGAGCCUAGACACUCACAAAUUCUCUUUUUUGAGUGGGAAAUACUGACUGAAAAGCAUACAUGGAGGGUGCAGGUAGCAUUAAUACUAGUCUCCAAACUCUGUCCUAAGUUGAGGGGGUAGUUUGAGCCCUGUGCUCUGCUUUGUCACUUAAAUAUGGUUUAGGAAUAUACCAGUAAUAAGAGGAUGCCUGUGACUUUGAGUGAUUAUAGAAUACUGAGUUCAGGAGAGUGGAAAUGAUAACUUGGAUUCUUCAGAAGUGCUGUAGUUGUUGGUUGUUGCCUUAAAGCAGUCUGUCUGCAGUUUGGCACUGCAGCAGUGUGGCUCUGUUGCAGGCAUUGGGCGCUGAAGGGAGAUGAACCCUUGUUCAAGAAGCCUUAGAUAGGGUCCUACAGACAGGGGAAAGUUAUUAACUGGAUGUUACUCAACAUGUUUAAAAUGUUUCCACUACAUUGAGGUAAAACCCUUUUUUUUUUUUUGAAGUAGAAUGCAAACAGCAUUUUACUCUAGUAUUGUUCAUUUAUUGUUUUCUUUUUCUUUGGUGAUUGAAAGUUUGUUGAACAUUUGUAUAAAACUCAUGCAAAUCUAUGACCUUUCCAAUAUCUGUGACCCUGUUCAUAGUCCCUCGGGAGUCAGUGUUGGAAGGUGUAAACACUGGAUAUUGCUAUUGCUGAGUGAGUCUACCCAGGAGUACGUCGAUCGGAAUUUUUAGAUGGUGGAAAAGAAACAGCACAAAGGCACUUGCCAUUUUAAUAGUGAUUGAGGAAAGAGAACCUUUUAAGUUUGUAUGUGUUGGGUGAGCAUUGUUCUAAAAGGAGCUUCUGAAGUAACUGCAAAGGAAAAGAGUCGACUAUUUUUAUAGCAUAUUUAAUAUAUUUGUAUAUAACUAAGACUAUAGUAGGAACCACCCUCCACACGCCUCCCACUUUUCUACUCCCCCCACCCCUUGCCAUAGCACUAGCAUAGCCUCGUCCGCAUGGGUAAUGUGCCUAUUGUCAGCCUACCAAAAGAUAGUGCUGCUGCUUUCUGAGACAGGUGAGAAGACCCAACUCUCAUGCCUGGGGAUCCUUUUAUAGGAAUAGCACACACUUAAAACAACAUACCACAGUCUAAAAGCAUCAUUUUGAAAUAUAACAAGCACUUUAUUGCAAUUAUUCAUUUUGAUAAAGUUUGUCUUAGGCAUUAUCAUUUCUAAUGGAUCCCCAAAUCAUCACUUAGGUGAAAUUUUAAAAUGACACAUUUCUGAGAAAUGUUUAGAUCCAGUGAACCGUAGUAGGUUUAUGGGAGUGAUUUCAAGGUAGCCAAAUGAACUUGACUUUUGUUUUGAAUGUGGUGGAGUUGAGACUGUCGAUGCUAGUCCAUUUAGACACUAUUGUAAACCUAUCUUGCCUAAUGUGUGGACACCAAAAGAGCCUGUUUAUUUUCAGAUGUGUAGGAAAAUUUUAUCAGUGUGAAUAGAUGUACAGAACUAACCUAAAAGUGAUUGUUAGUAAUAUUUUAGAAUACAAUCAUUUCAAGAAUUAUUCUGGGUGUUUUAAAUGUGCUCUGAAAUGUUGGCAUGUCAUUUCAGCGUUCCCGUUUGAAUUGCUCUUGUAAUAUUUUUGCACAAAAAGGACUAAGAAAAAGACUACUUUGGUUGAAGAAAAAAGUAUUUUUAUUUUAAUGACUCCUGUGGAAACACUGGGGAUGAAUUUUGUUGGUGUAGUUAUAAUUCAGGAUAUUUAAAACAGUAUUGAACAGCUCACAAGAAAUUAAACAACUUGGAUAUUUAAAAAUUAAAACUCCAUGUGACUGUUUUGCAUAUUUCCCCCAUCAUAAUUUAACACUACAUUCCUUGUUUUUCUUAAAUAAAAUACUUUGCAGGUUGUUUUGAGUAUUUAACAUAUUUUGUAAGCUACCUGGGUUUUCCUAAGGAAAUGUCCUUUGAUGAAACAGGAUAUAGUCUAUGAAGAAAUAAAGUGAAAUUCCAUUACCACCACCAGCAAACACUGAGGUGCUGCAUUAAGUGACAAUCAAAAUAGUGAGUAUUUAUGGAAGAAUUUAGAAAGUGGUUUUAAAGCAAUUGCUUUGUAAGCAGUUCUCUGGGUUUCUUGAAUAAAAAUGGCUACAUGUAUUUAUUUAUAUUUUUGAAUAUCUUUGUGCUGUUUUCUUAUCAGAGCAAUCUCAUAGUGUCAUGUAUUUAAUUUGUGGUUUCUUUUGUUUUGCCUUGUAGUCCUUUACUUUAGAGAACUGGCUUUUCUUCUGUGGGGUGCAGUCUCUAGCCCUCAUGACACCUCCGCACAGGCCAUCCAGACCUGUUGUACUUCAGAACAGCAGUGGAAGGCCCAGAUCCAGAUGCCUCUGCACUUCCCUCCUGUCCCAAACUCAUUUAAGAAAAACAAAACAAAGGUAACUUCCUUCAAGUUUGCUUUGUAUAGCUCCAACCUUUUUCUAGUUUUACUUGCUGCCUUUUCCAUUUUGGGGGCACUUUUUAUAUGAUUACAGCCAAAGGCCAGUACAACAGAACCAACGGCGGCGUGCAACGGCGGUUGGUUGGUGCAGAACCAACAGGCGGCCAAUGCCUGUUUUGCCCAUUUGGGGAACUGUUAAUAAAAAGGAUCAGCAUCUUCUAACGGCCCUUACUAUCAUAUCCAUAUUAAAAUCCACUUAAGGUCUUUAAGCAUAGGCGGAUAAUGUGUACACACUGCAAACUCUUCCACAGAAAAUGUUUGCUGUCUCUGUGGUGUAAUGUUGCUUGGUUCUUUAAAAACAAAAUAAAACCUUUAUACAUAGCACUAUUCAGAAAAGCAGUGAUUGAACAUUGGAAGCCUAGGAACCAGAGGGUUCUUCUUGCUGGUGGGCACUGGAGCAGUGUUCUCUACUUCAGGUCUCCCAGAGGUAGCUCCUGAGUCCCACAGGUGCAGGGCACUUGUCUCGCUUUUGGGAUCCCUUAGAGAACGGUAAUUAAAGCAAGUUGGAUUAAAUGAUGUAACAUAAGUUUCUUAACUCUGAGGGUUAAAUUGAAGAUGUGUUCUCAAAUGUAUGCUUUUACAUUUCUGAGGAAACAAACUGUGACAUCGCGUUAAAAAGGACAUCCAGAUGUUUUAUAAUAGGUGUUCUCUAGUUGGCCUGUACUGGUACAAAUUCACUGCUGGCCACGGUUGUGCCAUGACUAGAAGCUAUACUAUCUUCAUAAGUUUUCUGUAACUAGACAAUCAUCAUCAAGCAAAAAAAAUGUCCUGUUAACUUUUCAGUAGCCAUAAACAGCUGUAACUUUAGACGAGUCUAGAAUCAAGUUGGAAGCUAUUUUAUUGCAUAAGCUGGGGAAGGACCUCUGUAUGGCACUUGCCCAUUCACUCUGUGUAAAGAUUGAAGCCCAAAGAUGAGUUUAAUUCGUGCUGUAUUGAAACCAGUUAGUGCAAAAAACCAAAAAAAGUUUUAUCUUUGUAAAUUUUUCAUUGUUAACAUGAGUUGGUAGCUGUAAAAACAGACACCGAAUUCUUUCUAAUGUUCUGUGUGCUACACUGCUGUCCUUACUGCUUGGUUCUUGGUUUUAAAUAAAAUUUAGAUGUAGCCUAACAAUCUUACUUUUGAAAGGGUGGAGCUGCAAAUGGCUAACUGAUCUUCUCAUGGAGUACCUCUUUUUCGCUAAAGCAAACACCGAACUGAAAUCCAAGUAGUUAUACAAGAAACAAGCCUGACCAUUUUCCAGGUAGUCUUUAGCCCAAAUUCUGAACUACACAGAAGCACGAAGGGAUCAUGAAUGGUUUCCAUGGUGCUAUCUUAGGUUCUCUGCUGAUUUUCAUGAGCUACGUGUGGAAAUACAAUGCUGUAUAAAAUAUGGAUCAUUUUGUUACCAAUUUAAUAUUGCCAUUUUAAUUCAGUUUUAAAAUUGGUUCCACUUGCUUAUCAAAGCUACCCUUUAAGAGGUACAACUGUUAUUUACCUUCACUCAGGCCUCUUGCUAUAUGAUCAGUUUUCCAAGUUAUGAUAUGCAUAGUUUUUUUAAAACUACAUGUACUAUUAUAAUGCUCUUGCCCAUACUCUUGUAUUCAGAACCUAAAGUUACAGAAGAGCCAAGCACUAGCAUUUUUUUUGUAAGUGUAAAAAAAUUAGGUCCAAACUUUGUUUCCUUAUUCAAUCUUAAAAAUAAAAAAUACCUCAGUGCUGUUUUCAA